AUGGCCACAUCGGAUGGAAUAGACGGCUGUCUGCAGCGAGGCAGAUCUCAAAGUGACCCGAAUAUACUCACCGAACCGGGGAUCGAUUUGGCUCACUGCACAGUAGAUGUGCUGGACCAGCAGAGGGUGCUAAGGACCGGCUGCCUGGUGACCGGAGUCCACACUCCCCCCAUCAGGCGGAAUAGUAAGCUGGCCACACUGGGCCGCAUCUUCAAGCCCUGGAAGUGGAGGAAAAAGAAAAAUGAAAAGCUAAAACAGAGUUCCACAGAUGUAGCAUUAUCCAGCGGCCUUCUCUACCACGACCCAAACUGCUCCGGUCAGGGCUGCUGUUCAGAUGGAACACUCCUGCUUGGCAGUUUUGGGGGACCUUUGAACUCAAACCUCACGGUCAGCAGUGUGGAAUACCUUGGACCAGAGGAGGAGCAUCCCCUUCCAGUGGUCAGCCCCCUCCAGGACUGCGAGCGUCUGCAGGAAGCUGUAAAUGCAGCACUUAAAGAUGAGGACUUGGACCAAGGGGCACAUCCUGUGGGAGAGUUAGCCGAAGGCCUGCAGGAUGUCAGAGAGCGAAUGGAAGACAGACCGGAGGAGGAGAUUGCUUCAGGAACAUCUCCUCCACAAGUACCUCCAAAACCUUUGCCGCAGCUUAUCACUGGAGACAAUUCAGGCCCUGCAUCACUCCCUCUUCACCACCCAAACUCUUACCACCCGAAAGAGCCUCCACACAGGCCCACGGAGAGUCUGGUGCCCAUCACUCUUCCCCUAAGAGGGCCCCUGUCCAACUCCUCAGGGUCACCUCACCUUGGCAAUAUGAUUCACCCACCUAUGCCCCCUAGUUGUAUUAUGGAGGAACUCCAAAGAGCAUUCGCCACCAAGAACAGACAGGAGAGUGUGCAUGAAGGGUGUGAGCAGGGCUCAUCUCCCCCGCGGCUGUGGUGCUCCGAUGGACGCCUUUCUCGUUCUUGCAGCUCAGAGAACCAACACACAUCUUCUCUGACAAGUAUGUGCGUUGGAGGUGGCAGCUCCGACUGGCCCAAGAAGGAGGCGGAGGAGAAUAAGGAGAAUGUGCGGCUGGACCAGUGCUUCUCCAACGCAUCAGGCCUCCCCACUGACCUGGAUGGUUGGAACGACUCUGUCAUCUCUGGCACACUUCCUCGCAGGUUGAGAAAGGAGCUACUGGCUGUCAAACUACGGAACCGGCCCACCAAGCAAGAGCUGGAGGACCGGAACAUCUUCCCAGCGAGGAGCGACCAGGAGCGCCAAGAAAUACGGCAGCAGAUUGAAAUGAAACUAGCUAAGAGGCUGAGCCAGAGACCCAACGUGGAGGAGCUGGAGAGUCGGAACAUUUUGAAACAGAGAAACGACCAGACAGAACAAGAGGAGAGGAGAGAGAUCAAACAGAGGCUUAACAGAAAGCUCAACCAGCGGCCCACAGUCGACGAACUUCGUGACAGAAAGAUUCUGAUCCGCUUCAGUGACUAUGUGGAAGUGGCCAAAGCUCAGGACUAUGACAGGAGGGCGGACAAGCCCUGGACGAGGCUCUCGGCAGCAGACAAGGCUGCCAUCCGUAAAGAGCUGAAUGAGUUCAAAAGCACUGAAAUGGAAGUACACGCAUCCAGCAAACACCUUACGAGGUUCCACCGGCCAUGAGAGCCUGGGGUUUCUUCUGUGAAGAAAUGUUCUGAAUGUGCUCAGUGUCGACAGGCCUGGAGCCUUUUCCGUCUUCAGCGAGUCUUACUAGGUUUCUUCCUGCUUGGACAGGAGAUAAUGUUCAUGGCUUCGUGCGCAGAAGGCCGCUGGACUUUCAAGGUGGCAGCGGGCUGGACUGUAUUAUGGAGCCUCUGAUUCCCAGGAUGAGAACAAACGAGGAUAAAUCUGUUUUGUUACCGAGUCAAUGUUGUUUUUUUUGUACCAUUUCAUGAACAUGACAAGACAUCUAGUGAGAGGAUGUGCAUGUGACCACCUUUUCUUAACUGCUGAAUAACAUUUCACUUGACUGGGUGGAUUUGAUAUUCACUGUACAUAAAGUAUGUCAACAUCAAUGAAAAGAAAACCACCUUUGUAACAAGACAUUAAAAUACAGUCUUUUCUAAAAACAAA